CUCCCACAUCAUCGAAAUAAUCCAAUCUAUCACCAUAGAUAGAAACGGUCCCCCCGCAAGUCACAUAUAUAUCUCUCCAAAAUUUUGUUAUAAAUAGGGUAGAACAUGGCAGCCAUACCAUGUCCAAAAAUAUUCAAGGCCAAUUCCAGUCUUAGUCGCAUUGUAGCAAUCUCUAAAAUGUUACGUCCAAAAAUGGAAUCUCCGGUGACAGAAUCUGGUAAGAACAACCCAGAAAUGCAGAAUAAGAGUAUCAUUGAUGCACUAUACAGGGCAUUAGCUCAAGGUCACAUGGAUAGAGUGGCUGAGUUGCUAGCAAGUGACCUGGAGUGGUGGUUUCAUGGACCUCCACGGUGUCAGCACAUGAUGAGGGUGCUGACCGGUGAGGCGAGCCACAAUGAGUUCAGGUUCGAACCAAGAAGCAUAGAGGUUAUUGGGGAAUGUGUGAUUGCAGAGGGGUGGGAAGGUGCACAAGUAUACUGGGUGCACGUAUGGACCUUGAAAGACGGUCUUAUUACACAAUUUAGGGAGUAUUUUAACACAUGGCUCACUGUGAAGGACACUAGCCCAAAUCGUAGGGAAAUUGGGGUAGAGAGCCGCCAUACCUUGUGGCAGAGCCACCCCGGAGACCUUUUUAGCCGUUCGCUACCCGGCCUUCUUCUGGCUAUUUAAAGAGCCUGUGGCUGGUGGGUCAUGAAAUUGUUCUAGCUGCCUGUAAAACUCUAAUGAAAAUGGAAAUUUUUAUAUGCUA